AACAGGAUGGUGAAAUUGAUCGACGAAUCGGCGCAGCAAGUGGUGUCUUACGCUUACUUUAUCGAUCGGUUGUGACUAAAGUAGAACUGAGUAAAAAGACAAAGCUAGCGAUUUUCAAAUCAGUGUAUCGACCUACACUCAUAUAUGGUCACGAACAAUGGAUAUUGACAGAGAACACUCGCUCUCGAAUACAAUCGGCUGAGAUACGAUUUCUACGUAGAGUAGCUGGUUUGACACUUCGAGAUAAAAUCAGAAGUUCCAGCAUAUAUGAAUCUCUACAAAUUGAACCACUACUUCUUCAUAUUGAACGUUCACAAUUACGAUGGUUAGGACAUGUCCUAAGAAUGCCACAAAAUCGAUUACCGUACCAAAUAUUCCAAGGUAAGCCAACGGGAAAAAGACCAAUCGGACGACGAAGAACAAGUUGA